UGGUGCGGCCUCACCUUCCUCCAGCGGCCGGGGCAGGACCCUGAGCCGCGGCCACCGUGGGUGGGCAGGGGGAGCCGACCUUCCCUUCCCCUUCCCGUCCCGUCCCGUCCCGUCCUUCCCUUCGCCGCCGCUUCCUCUCGGUCCCGCCGCCCCGUGCUCGUGCCGAGGAGCCGCGCCGGCGCGAGGUUCCCAGCCGAUGGGCAGCCCCCGCGCGCACUAAGGGGCCGGGCUUCGAGCGGCGGAGUAGAAAAUGAUGCAUCCUGUUGCCAGCAGUAAUCCAGCUUUCUGUGGGCCUGGCAAGCCUUCCUGCCUCAGUGAGGAUGCCAUGAGAGCUGCUGAUCAAUUUGACAUAUAUUCCUCACAGCAAAGCAAAUACAGCCAUACAGUCAGCCACAAACCAAUGGCUUGUCAGAGGCAAGACCCCUUAAAUGAAACACACUUGCAGACUACAAGUGGCAGAAGCAUAGAGAUAAAAGAUGAACUAAAGAAAAAGAAAAAUCUCAACCGAUCUGGUAAGCGAGGCCGACCAUCAGGAACUACCAAAUCCGCAGGAUACCGGACCAGCACAGGCAGACCUCUGGGAACCACCAAAGCAGCUGGAUUUAAGACAAGUCCAGGCAGACCUCUGGGUACAACUAAAGCUGCGGGAUACAAAGUCAGUCCAGGGAGACCUCCAGGUAGCAUUAAAGCUCUCUCCCGUCUUGCCGACCUUGGUUACGGCUGUGGCACUGCUGCCUUUCCUUACCCUAUGAUGCAUGGCAGAGCAGUUCAUGGGGUAGAGGAAACUAGCAGCGAAGUAAAGCCACCCAAUGAGUGAAUUGAGGCAGGAAAGGGGAUCAAUUUAAAGGAAGAUUGUCGAUAAUCCCAAAGCUUCUUGAAUUUAUUUUGACAUACAUGAUUGAUGGCCUGGGUUCUCCAAAUUUGUUUGUUUUCCUGUGUUUGUUUUUUCAUUCCUGCUUUUGCUCAGAAACUUCCAUAUGCAGAUCAAUGCUCUCAGAGCAUUAGUAGUAGAAUUAUGUUUGUACAUAGGCUCACUUGAUGUUUGCUUUUCCUUUAGUUAAUGGGCAUAUCACAUAUAUCAUUACUAAUUUGGGGCUAUUCUAACUAUAAGAUUUAUGUGAUGAACAACUGAAACCAUUAAUUAGUUUCUAAAGUAAGUCUACAAUAUAAUAAAGAUAAUUUUCAAGGUAUUUUUAGUUGAUGGGACAAAGUAAACUAAUGAAUGAUUCAGGAUGACUUGGACUAAUGGCUCUAAUGUUUUGUAUCAUUUAUUUUCACAAGACAGGACACAUUUAUAUAUGCUUUGGCAUUCACACAGAUUUCAGAUGUUAAAAAUCUUAUUUUUAAUGUUCUAGGAUUAAGCCUCUUAUUUCUUGAUCUAUGUGGUAAUUGAUUUAACCAUAUUCCAAAAAGAAUUCUUUAAUGUUUACCUUUAGCAAUGAUAGGUUGUGUAUUUUUAAUUGCUUAAGAGCAU